GGGGGGCACCGUGCGGGUGCAGCCACGAUGGAAGGGGGUGCGUACGGAGCGGGCAAAGCUGGGGGCGCUUUCGACCCCUACACCCUGGUCCGGCAGCCGCACACCAUCCUACGCGUCGUGUCUUGGGUCUUCUCCAUCGUGGUGUUCGGCUCCAUCGUGAACGAGGGCUACCUCAACAUUCCCGACGAGGCUGAGGGGGGCAAGGAAUUCUGCAUCUACAACCGCAACCCCAACGCCUGCAGCUACGGUGUGACCGUGGGCGUGCUGGCCUUUCUCACCUGCCUGCUCUACCUGGCCCUGGACGUGUACUUCCCACAGAUCAGCAGUGUCAAGGAUCGAAAGAAGGCAGUCCUGUCCGACAUUGGUGUCUCGGCCUUCUGGGCCUUCCUCUGGUUCGUGGGCUUUUGCUUCCUAGCCAACCAGUGGCAGGUCUCCAAGCCCAAGGACAACCCGCUGAACGAAGGGACGGACGCGGCCCGGGCCGCCAUCACCUUCUCCUUCUUCUCCAUCUUCACUUGGGUGGGCCAGGCAGUGCUGGCCUUCAAGCGGUACCAGAUUGGCGCCGACUCGGCCCUGUUCUCCCAGGACUACAUGGACCCCAGCCAGGACUCCAGCAUGCCUUACGCCCCCUACGUGGAGCCCACCGCUGGGCCAGAUCCUACUGGCAUGGGCGGCACCUACCAGCAGCCGGCCAACGCCUUCGAUGCCGAGCCCCAGGGCUACCAGUCACAGGGCUACUGAGCCACAGUGACCGCCUCCCCCUGCCCGCCCCUGCCCCACCGACCCUAUCUAUGCCCCUUCCUCCACACCCAGCCCCCUGCUCCCUCCCAGGCCACCCUGCCCAGUGCCUCUUUAGCCUCGGAGUUGUCCCACUGAGUUCCAGGGAGGCUUGGGGUGGGAUGCAGGCAGCAAGCUGCUGGGGGGCUGUCCACGUGUGUGUGCAAGUACGUCCAAGGGCAUGUGCCCAGCACGGGCCUGGAGGGUGGUGACUAGGGGUGCUUGCAUUCAUUCAUUGCGUCAUUGAGCAUUUAUUGGGUGCCUACUGUGUGUCAGGCCGGUGCUUGGCACAGGUGGUGAAGGAGGCAGAAGUGGUCCCAGAUGGGGAAAAAUGAGAUGAGGAAGAGGGGCCGUGGGCACCAGAGAUGAGAAUGAGGGGAACAAUAGACCUGGGAGGGCUGGGGAGGCAUGCUGGGAAGGUUUGGCUCGGCCAUAGGGCAAGUGUAAAUACUCACGGGACAUGGGCUGUCACCUGCAGAGCCUUCUCCAUUCUCAACAGUCCUACUAGGAGAGUUGGGGCUUCCCCACCCUAUGAUGGGGAGGAAACUGAGGCCCGGGAGGUCAGGGGCACUCGCCUAGGGUCACUCAGCAGCCAGUGGGGAGCGAGGCCCAGCCCAGGCCGAGGACUGCAGAGUGCCUGCUCUCCCUGCCGACCCCGCCACCCCCACCCCCUCGCCGGCCUGGAGCUCGGUGUUACUGUCAUUCUGGGAGCCCUUGGGGGCCUCAGCCCCAUAGGACACCCUGACUGCUGCAAGCAGGGGCCUGUUCCACCCCAGCUGGGGCAGUCCUGCCUCUGGGCCCCCGUCCCACAUCCAGCAGCCCAUUCCAGCCCUUGGCCUUCCUCUGGAGGUGGUGGAACCGAGACCCCCCCCCACCCCCCCGCCAGCCCCGUGGCUCCUUUUCCUGUGUGUUGCUCCUUGCUCUGUGUGUUCGUGGAAGCUCGUUCCCGGGAGCUCAGGAGACCCACCCCACUUUGUGGCAUUUGAAGGACUGAGCACUGUCCCUGCAUCUGGGCUGGCGUUCUGAGUGCUUGCCCAGGGCCUAGGUGGCUGAGGAGGCCCAGAAGGAGGGAGGGGCUGGCCCAAGGGCACAGCAAGUGAGGCCCAGCCCCACCCCCACCAGGUGACCCAAUUCUCCACCUUCGUGACCGCCCAGGAAACGGAACCUGAUCUGGGACGCUGUGCCAUCUCUGGGGCCGGCUCCUGGUGGGGGCAGAGUGAACAGCACUGGGGCUUUGGACCAGCCAGGCUGGCACGGGCCUCUAUGUCCCCAUGCGUGAGCUGCUGCUGUGGGGUGCAUGGCCCCUGGGAUGACAUGGAUGAGAGCCCCUGUGCAUAGUAGGCUUGGGGGAGGCCAUGGAUGCAGGGGAGAAGGCAGCAGGUGUCCCCAAAGGCACACAGAGGACUGUGGGGCCCCAGGGAUGGGACGGAUUCUUGCACAGGUGGGCACUUAGCUGAGCCUUAGGGGGCAGGGAGACCUGAAACAGGUGCACAGGGGCGGGGGAUGGAGUAGUGUAACCAGGUCCAGGAGAGGCUUGUGGUCCAUCCUGUCUGCCCAGCGUCCACACCUCUCUUCAGAGCCCUCCCUGUGAGGAGAUCACAAGGGAUUGUGGGUCGGGCACGGUGCUGCUGUUUCCACCACCACUCCCUGUCCUCCCCGCCCAAGAACCCUGAAAGGCAGGUAAUAUCUGCUCAUUGGUUCAGCAGACAGUUAUCGGGCAUCUGUGCAGGGCGCUGGGUGCUGGGCGUGGUCUCUGCCCUCACGGAGCUUGCAGUCUGUGAGGGAAGAUGAGCACUAAACAGCUAUACGAAGAGUCCAUUGCAGGUGCGUGUGCUAGCCAGGGUCCCAAGUCUCCCUUGAGGACAGGGCCCCAGGGGUGGGCAGGAGUUAACACAGCAGUGAGGGGAGGAGGGACACCCUGGACAGAGAAGCAGCACGGCGUCGCCAUUUCCCAGAAGGGGAAACCGAAGCUGAGGGGGCAUAAGUGAGUUAGCGGUGGAGCUUGUGUCUGAACCCAGGACUGUUGGAGGCCCAAGGACAGCAGGGACAGAACAGGACCUCAGACAGCUGAGUGACCUCUGGUUGUUGCUGACUGCCAUUUCCUAAGUCUGGGGAAGGAGCUCCGUCCCUGGUUCUCCAUCCCCCAGUGGCCUGAAGGGACUCAGAUGGUAUCUGAACCAGACCAGAGGUUUCUGAAGCCGGUGAUGGUGUGGGUGGGCAUGAAUGUUUCUGGGAGGGUGAGAGUCUGUGCCCACCCACAGGAGGCUGUGCAAGUCCCCCUUGCGCACUCCCCACCACAAACCUUCCCUGCCCAUGGGUGUGAGGAGACCCCAGCGUGCUGCCCACCUGUUGCUCCUGGGGCACCAGCCAGCUGCAUGUGGAUCACGCCCUCUAUAGACCUCAGUUGCUUCUCCCGUGUAAUGGGGUAAUGAUGUAAUGGGGCCGGAGGCAGGUACCUGUUAAACUUCACUCAGCCCCUGAGUGUAUAUUACAGACCCUUCUGCCUGCCUCCCUCCAGACUGGAAAAGUCUAUAAGACCUCCUUCCUCCUGCCAGGGCCCAGCCUUGUGGUGGAGGUGAAAGCACACAGAGAGGGUGAGAGAUGUACGAAGGCGCGCAGCAGGUGAGGGCAGGGUUUGGAUGGGCUCCAGGGUUCCUGACUCCUGUCCUGGGAGGUUAAUGGAGGACACCCCCCAGAGCCUCAAGCUCAGAGCCUACACUCAAGGGCAGUGGUAUCCCCUCUUCCCUCCCACUAUCCUCCCUGCCACUGUCUUGCUCCCAAGCCUUUCCUUGGAGAAGGGCCCUUGCACCCUGGCCCUGCAGAGUUUGGGUCCCACCCCCCCCAACACCAAGCACAAGAGAGGGCCUGGGACACCUGGGUUCCACACAAAAAGGACCCUUAGAGACUGUGGAGUCUGGGGUGGAGGACAGUGACUUGUCCAAGGUCAUGAUACAGAGCUGGAGGUUUGGGAGCCAGGUCUCCUGCCUCCCGAGUUGUCAUUCUUCUCAUUCAGUCACAGGCUGUGUUGCCUGUGUGGCCCCUGUCCAGCUCCAGGUGGGAGUGUAACCACUGAGGGACUAAUUCCCAGGGGACCAGUAUCAGUUACCCAUUCCAUCCUUCCCUGGUGAAUCUUGAUCUUCAAAGACCCAUGGGGGCUCCAGGCUUCCCCCAUGUAACCAAGAGCCCCCGCUUGUUACUCCUUGGGAAUCCUCCCAACCUUGACCCAAGACCCCUUUGAUUCCAAGGAACACGAAGGGGAAACACCCCUCCGAAGAGUUUAUGGGGGGAUGGACUGGUCCAGCCAUCUCCCAGCGAUGCCCCUGACUUGACACCCCAUCCGCAGGUGCCCUGGCCCCUCCUGCAGCAUUACUGCCUGUGUAUAGUAUAAAUAUAUAUAUUUUCUAUAUAUAAGAUGUAUAAUAUAAGUCUCCACAAAUAUAUCUGUGUGUGUGUGUGUGUGUGUGUGUGUGUGUGUGCGCGGUGAAGGGCGGUCCCCCCCGGACCCCCACUCUAGACUCCCCCACCACCUAGUGCAGUCUCUCAAGAGUGAAUCCAGUGGCCCCAUGGCACCCUUAUUUAUGACAUCUGUCCAUUUGUGGUGAACCAAGUGAAGGUGGUGACUUCUGGUGACACAGUAAUAAAGUGAAGACUCAAAACCCACCAGGGGAUUGCAAGUGUGUCCUGGUGUGUCUCUGUUCUUGGUGAGUGUGGCAUGGAACUGCCCAUCCCCAGUGUCUCCCGUAACCUGGACCAUAUUUUAUUUGCUCAUUGUUUAAUAAGUUUUUAAUUACACAAAAAAAACCUAUAAAUAUACUCUUAGAAAGUCAAUACAUUUGAAGCCAAAACCCCCAACACACACACUGACACAAUCACCAUUCCCCGGCCUGGGCUGUUCCUGGAUUCCCAGAGGUAACGAGGUUUAGGAGCUUGGCCUGUUUCCUUCCAGGCCAUUUCCAUGUUUUUACACACAUAUGUGUACAGCACCUGUUCUUAAAGCUGGUGACUCUAGGCUGACGUAUUUAUCCAGAGCCUUUAAAUGUCAGAUACUGCUAGGCCCUGGAAGUUCAACAUCGAACAAGAUGGACACAGUCCCUGCCCUUGCCUAGUGGGGAAGGUGGAUCUUAAAGAAACUUGCAAGUAAAAAUAGAAGUUGUGAUAACUGCUGGGGUAGGGUAAGAGAAUGUCAGAAGACAAGAUUUAGGCUGUGGGCUCAGAGCCUGGCGAGACCCUCAGAUCAAGCAGGGGUUAGGCAGCAAGGGGUGCACUGGUGAACGUCCUGGACAGGAGCAGGAACACAGGUCCCUGGACAGGGAGGAGCUUGGGAGUGGCAAGGGGUGGUGGAGGCUUAGGGGGAGAGGAGAGUGAGGAACAGGCUAGAGGACAGUCUGGUCGCACCCUGUAAGGAGUUUGGGUUCAUUCUAAGGGAUGUGGGAAACCACUGAAGGAGGGAUGCCAUCCUGACACCUGCUUCAAAUAGACCACUGGUGGACCACGUGGCAGUUAAAAAGCUGCUGCUCAU